CCGGGAGAAAGAAGCAACGGCGUCGUCGGCGGCUGGCCGGGGAGCCCCCGGCCUGCGACCUGGCCUGCGGCUCGGUCAGAGCUGCCCGCCAGCGGGGUCCAGCCAGCCGGGCAAGAAGGACAAUACUGGUGAGAAAAUGUCUGGCAACAAUGACUGGUUUCAGAGUUCUCGGGUCCCUAGCUUUGCCCAAAUGCUGAAAAAGAACUUGCCAGUUCAGCCAUCAGCCCAGACGGUAACUACACCCACAGGAUAUUCCUCGGAAAGUUACAGCCUGUGGAACAUGGCAUCCAAGGUUACGCCAGUGACGGGUAAUUUUCCAGAACCAUUGCUUUCCAAAGGCCUUUCAUCUAUUUCAAAUCCUGUCCUUCCUCCGAAAAAAAUACCUAAAGAAUUUAUAAUGAAAUACAGACGUGGAGAGAUCAAUCCUGUAUCAGCCUUGCACCAGUUUGCACAAAUGCAGCGGGUUCAGCUUGACCUGAAGGAAACAGUGACAACAGGUAAUGUUAUGGGACCAUAUUUUGCUUUUUGUGCUGUGGUGGAUGGUAUUCAAUACAAGACUGGACUGGGACAAAACAAAAAGGAGUCUAGAUCCAAUGCAGCAAAAUUAGCUCUUGAUGAGCUUCUACAGCUGGAUGAACCUGAACCAAGAAUUUCAGAAACAUCAGGUCCUCCUCCUAUCCCUGCAGAUCCUAUUGUUUCACCUGAACCAGUAUAUGUUUCAAAAGUACAUUAUGAAGGGAGACAUAUUCAGUUUGCAAAGAUUUCACAGAUUGUUAAAGAAACAUUUAGUCAACUAAUUUCUAAUCAAUCAGAGUAUCUGAAAUGUAGCAACUCAUUAGCUGCUUUUAUAAUUGAAAGAGCUGGACAGCACGAAGUUGUAGCUAUAGGCACAGGUGAAUACAAUUACAGUCAGUGCAUUAAGCCAAAUGGAAGAGUGUUGCAUGAUACUCACGCCAUUGUUACAGCAAGGAGAUCUCUCCUUAGGUACUUUUAUAGACAACUUCUACUCUACUAUAGCAAAAAUCCUGCUAUGAUGGAAAAAUCAAUAUUUUGUACAGAACCAGCUUCUGAUCUACUCACUCUCAAGCAAAAUAUCAACAUUUACCUCUAUAUGAACCAGUUGCCUAAAGGAUCAGCCCAGAUUAAGUCACAAUUGCGUCUUAAUCCACAUUCUAUAUCUGCAUUUGAAGCCAAUGAAGAACUAAGUCUCCAUGUGGCUGUUGAAGGCAAAAUUUAUCUGACUGUCUACUGUCCUGCAGAUGUUGUUAAUAGAAUAAGCAGUAUGUCCUCAAGUGACAAGUUGACAAGAUGGGAAGUGCUUGGUGUACAGGGAGCGUUGCUCAGUCACUUUAUACAGCCAGUUUAUGUCAAUAGUAUUCUUGUUGGUGAUGGGAAUUGCAGUGAUACCAGAGGCUUAGAAAUUGCUGUAAAGCAACGUGUUGAUGAUGCGCUCACUUCCAAACUUCCAAUGUUUUACUUGGUCAACAGACCUCAUAUUAGUUUAGUACCUUCUGCAUAUCCAUUUCAAACAAACUUGGAAUAUAAAUUCCUGAGUCUAAACUGGGCACAAGGGGACAUUUCUUUGGAGAUUGUGGAUGGCCUAAGUGGAAAGAUCACAGAAAGUUCCCCAUUUAAAAGUGGUGUGUCAAUGGCAAGUCGGCUUUGUAAGGCUGCAAUGUUAAGUCGAUUUAACCUGCUUGCCAAAGAAGCUAAAAAAGAAGAUAUACUUGAAGCUAGUACAUAUCAUGCAGCUAAGCGUAUGUCUGGAUCCUAUCAAGAAGCUAAAACUUUGUUGAAAUCCUACUUACAGCAACAUGGCUAUGGCUCCUGGAUUGUGAAAUCUCCCUGUAUAGAGCAAUUUAGUAUGUGAAUUAAGCAAUCCAUUGUCAUAUUAAAAAUCUUUUUUUCGUGUGCUUUGACUACUAAAAAAUUUUUUUAAUAGUGGUGGUUUUCAGCUUUCAGUCUUUAUAGCAGUGUUCAGAGAUUGCUGAAAAUUCAUAAAUAUUUAUGUCAAUUUACAUUGAAACAUUAAGGUUUUGAAUUUUUUUUUUAAAUAAUUACCUGCUUCAUUAUGUAGCUAUUUUGUAUUUUUUAUAGACAUUACAAACCAUUAUCAUUUUGUAAUUUAAAAGAAA